AUGGCCCCCCCUUACAUCCAAGUCCCUUCGAGGGAUAACGACAGUGUCGCACUCUCCGUACCUAAGAGCGCUGGCGCCGCCCAUCUUGCUACAACGACACUACGCGUGGACGGCAUGACAUGCGGCGCAUGUACUUCUGCUGUUGAAGCUGGCUUCAAGGGUGUUGAUGGUGUCGGAAACGUCUCAGUCAGUUUGGUUAUGGAACGCGCGGUCAUUAUGCACAACCCCCAAGUCAUCUCUGCCGACGAGGUCAAGGAGAUCAUCGAAGAUCGAGGCUUCGACGCUGAGGUUCUCACCACCGACCUCCCCAGCCCUGUCGGCAAGCGCUUUGCCGAUCGCAACCUUCACGAAGAGGACGACUUUAUUACGACAACCAUUGCCAUUGAGGGCAUGACCUGCGGAGCCUGCACCUCUGCCAUCGAGGGUGGUUUCCAGGAUGUUCCCGGCGUCAAAACCUUCAGCAUUUCCUUGCUCUCCGAACGAGCCGUUAUCGAGCACGAUCCCGAUCUUCUCACAGCCGAGCAAAUUGCCGAGAUUAUCGACGACCGCGGUUUUGAAGCUACAAUUAUCGACUCGGGCAAGGUGGCAACCGACAGAUCUGGGAAGGAUUCCGAAAACAUGAGCAACAUCGCCAUUACGACAGUUGCUAUCGAAGGCAUGACAUGUGGUGCUUGCACAUCAGCUGUCGAGGGUGGAUUCAAGGGUGUCAACGGCGUCCUCAAGUUCAACAUCAGUCUUCUCGCGGAAAGAGCCGUAAUCACACACGAUGUCACAAAGCUUUUGCCAAACCAAAUAGCGGAAAUAAUCGACGAUCGAGGCUUUGAUGCGCAAGUUCUUUCCACAGUACCCACCAGCGACCUUCGAGGCGGGUCGUCGUCUACUGCGCAGUUCAAAGUAUUUGGCGUCCCCGAUGCGGCUGCAGCAGAAGCUUUGGAGGCUGCCUUGGCGGCCACGCAUGGCGUCGAUUCAGUUUCGUUGAGCCUUGCCUCUUCACGCCUCAGCGUCACUCACCAACCUGGUCUUAUUGGCCUACGCGCCAUCGUCGAGGCCGUAGAGGCACAGGGAUACAACGCUCUUGUCGCUGAUAACCAAGAUAACGAUGCGCAACUCGAGUCCCUCGCCAAGACCCGCGAGAUCGGUGAGUGGCGGACAGCUUUCAGAACAUCGCUGGCGUUCGCCAUUCCCGUUCUCAUUCUCGGCAUGAUCUUGCCCAUGUGUGCGCCAUCUCUCGAUUUCGGAAAAUUCGAAUUGGUUCCCGGUCUGUUCCUUGGCGAUGUCAUUUGUUUGGUCCUUACGAUUCCUGUGCAGUUCGGCAUUGGAAAGCGGUUUUACAUCUCAGCCUACAAGUCGCUCAAGCAUCGCUCCCCGACAAUGGAUGUUCUCGUUGUGCUUGGUACAUCCUGUGCCUUCUCUUUCAGUAUUCUGGUAAUGGUAGUUUCACUACUUAUGCCUCCUCAUACCAGGCCCAGCACUAUUUUCGAUACCAGCACUAUGCUUAUCACAUUCGUCACUCUGGGUCGUUACCUUGAGAACAGCGCCAAGGGCCGAACUUCCAGGGCUCUCUCUCGUCUUAUGUCUCUUGCGCCCUCUAUGGCUACCAUCUAUGUGGAUCCUAUUGCGGCCGAGAAGGCGGCCGAGGCUUGGGACAAGGACCCGUCUACCCCAAAGACCCCAAGAACCCCAGGACGAGGUGGUUCAGCCCAGGAAGAGAAGUAUAUACCUACCGAGCUUUUGCAACUUGGCGAUGUUGUUAUUGUUCGACCUGGCGAUAAGCUCCCCGCCGAUGGUGUCCUUGUCCGCGGUGAGACCUUUGUCGAUGAGAGUAUGGUGACGGGCGAGGCGAUGCCCGUACAGAAGCGAGUAGGCGAUAACGUCAUGGGCGGUACUGUCAAUGGCGACGGUCGAGUUGACUUCCGAGUCACUCGUGCUGGCCGCGACACUCAGCUCAGCUCAAUUGUUAAGCUAGUCCAGGAUGCGCAGACUACUCGUGCACCUAUUCAGCGGCUCGCCGACACUCUCGCCGGAUACUUCGUCCCUGCUAUUCUCAUUCUUGGUCUGUCAACGUUUCUCUGCUGGAUGGUACUUAGCCACGUGCUUCCGAACCCACCCAAAAUCUUCUUGCAGAACUCCAGUGGCGGUAAGAUCAUGGUUUGCGUUAAGCUUUGCAUCUCCGUCAUCGUCUUUGCCUGUCCCUGCGCCCUUGGUCUUGCCACGCCAACUGCCGUCAUGGUCGGUACUGGCGUUGGUGCCGAGAAUGGUAUUCUGAUCAAGGGAGGCGCUGUUCUUGAGAGGACCACCAAGGUGACGCAGAUUGUGCUUGAUAAGACUGGUACCAUCACCCAUGGUAAGAUGAGCGUUGUCGAAUCAGACCUCGAGCCUGCGUGGCAAAGCAAGGAGUGGCGCCGUCGACUGUGGUGGGCCAUUGUCGGUCUUGCUGAGAUGGGCAGUGAACACCCCGUUGGCAAGGCUAUUCUUGCCGGAGCCCGUCAAGAACUCGAUGUUGCGGUUGAUGGUGUCAUUGAAGGUAGCAUUGGCGACUUCAAGGUCGCUGUCGGCAAAGGUAUCAAUGCCUUGGUCGAGCCUGCUUCAGCCGUUGAUCGUACGCGCUAUCGAGUAUUGAUAGGCAACGUUGCCUAUCUGCAAAAGAAUGGUAUCGAUGUUCCUGAGGAUGUUAUUGAGUCUUCAGAGCGUAUCGAUGCUGGUGGCAGUAAGGCCAAUGGCAAGAAACCUGCCACCGGCACAACUCAUAUCUUUGUAGCCAUCGAUGGCGCAUACAGCGGUCAUAUUGCCUUGGCUGAUUCUAUCAAGGACGGUGCAGCAGCAGCCAUCUCCGUCCUACACCAAAUGGGCGUCAAGACAGCCAUCGUUACUGGCGACCAGAGAUCUACUGCACUUAGCGUAGCCGCUGCUGUCGGCAUCUCCCCCGAGAAUGUCUACGCUGGCGUGAGCCCUGACCAGAAGCAAGCCAUCAUCAAGCAGAUUCAAGCUGAAGGUGAGGUUGUUGCCAUGGUUGGUGACGGCAUCAACGACUCACCUGCGCUUGCAACUGCCGAUAUUGGUAUCGCUAUGGCCAGCGGUACUGAUGUAGCCAUGGAAGCCGCUGAUUUGGUGCUCAUGAGGCCAACAGACCUGAUGGACAUCCCUUCAGCGCUGGACCUCGCACGCUGCAUUUUCCGUCGCAUCAAGCUGAACCUAGCCUGGGCAUGCAUGUACAACGUCAUCGGUCUUCCCAUUGCCAUGGGCUUCUUCCUCCCCGUUGGCUUCCACAUGCACCCCAUGAUGGCCGGCUUUGCUAUGGCGUGUAGUAGUGUCAGCGUUGUCGUGAGUAGUCUUCUGCUUAAAUUCUGGAAGCGCCCACGCUGGAUGGAUGAAGCUGCUGCGGAACAACGUGGUGGUCUCCGCUGGAUGAGCGGAACAGGCAUCCUUGGCUGGAUACGGGAGAUACUGGGUAAGAGGAGAGUUAAGAAGGAGGAGGGCUAUGUACCGUUGGCCAAUUUAGAUUCGGAGGCCUAA